UCUCCUCGCGGCCCAGUCAAGCCCAGGCCUCUGGCGAACAUGGCGCUUGUCCCUUGCCAGGUGCUGCGGGUGGCCAUUCUGCUGUCCUACUGCUCUAUCCUGUGCAACUACAAGGCCAUCGAAAUGCCCUCUCAUCAGACCUACGGCGGGAGCUGGAAAUUCCUGACGUUCAUUGAUCUGGUCAUCCAGGCUGUCUUCUUCGGCAUCUGUGUGCUGACGGAUCUGUCCAGUCUUCUGACCAGGGGCAGCGGGAGCCAGGAGCAAGAAAGGCAGCUCAAGAAACUCAUCUCUCUCCGUGACUGGAUGCUAGCGGUCGUGGCCUUUCCUGUGGGGGUUUUCGUUGUGGCAGUAUUCUGGAUCAUUUAUGCGUAUGACAGAGAGAUGAUUUACCCAAAGCUGCUUGACAAUUUUAUCCCAGGGUGGCUGAAUCACGGAAUGCACACUACGGUUUUGCCCUUUAUAUUAAUCGAGAUGAGGACAUCGCACCAUCAGUAUCCCAGCAGGCGCAGCGGACUUGCAGCCAUAUGUACCUUCUCUGUUGGCUAUAUAUUAUGGGUGUGCUGGGUGCACCAUGUCACCGGCAUGUGGGUGUACCCUUUCCUGGAACACAUUGGCCAGGGAGCUAGAAUCAUCUUCUUUGGAUUUACAACAAUCUUAAUGAACUUUCUGUACCUGCUGGGAGAAGUUCUGAACAACUACAUUUGGGAUACACAGAGAAAGCCUCCAUCUUGUCAAGGCACCUAAUCUAUAUCCAAGCUGUGCACGACCUGUCCAGAUCGUACGGAAGGAGAGAAAGAGAAGCCCAAGUUGGAAUGAGAACCAAAUCUAAAUGGAAGACCUGAAUAAGCUGCCGUGGAAGACUCCUCCUUCCCUCACCCUGGGCCUGGGAAUGCUCAAUACAGAGCUUUGGGGUUGAGGAGGGGAUACCUUUUAUAUAUAAAUAUGUAUAAAAAUAGAAUACAGUUGUUUCCAGGAUAACUUAGAUUCACUGUGCUUUAAGGAAUUCUUUCCAACUUUAUUAUUGAAAUGACAUUUUUUUCUCCAGUUUUCAAACUAUAAUUGUGUUUUCAUUUUGCAAUUAUAAUUCCAUACAGUCAAGAAAGAAUAAAAUUUGAUUGUGUUUCUCAUUGAGAAAUACAUUAAAAGCAGAGGGGCAGCUGUAGAGCUAGAUGUGUGUAUGUAUGUUUGGUCCUAAAGGUGGCUGGAGUAAUGAGGUUGGCCCAGGGGGUUCAGAGGAAGAAUGGAUAUUUCAUACUGCAAUAAUGUCACAAUUGCCUCAAAUGAAUAUUGUUAGUAAUAACGAUGUUUGGAUCUGUUGACUUAAUCUUGUGAAACUCUUCAUAGAUGUAAAUUUGAAUAAAGACCCAACAGUCCCAUUCCUGGUGUUCACGUGGAACAUGCCA